AUGGAAGCGGCAAUGGGUUUGAUGAGAAGAAUGCCGCCGAAGCAUACGGAGACGGCUCUCUCUGCACUGCUCAGCCUUCUGCCUCACCAUUCCUCCGAUCUACUUUCUCAAGUCGAUCAGCCUCUUCAGGUUUUGUGUGAUGUUGACAGUGGCAAAGAGUUCAUACUUUGUGAAUACAAUAGAGAUGCUGACUCUUAUAGGUCACCGUGGUCAAACAAAUACCAUCCACCUCUAGAAGAUGGGCCUCAUCCAUCUGCAGAACUGAGAAAACUCGAGAUCGAAGCUAACGAAGUCUUCGCCAUUUAUCGUGACCAGUACUAUGAAGGUGGCAUUUCUUCUGUAUAUCUUUGGGAAGAUGAAAAUGAUGGCUUUGUAGCGUGUUUCUUAAUAAAGAAAGAUGGUUCGAAGAACGCACAUGGUAGAAGAGGUUAUCUCCAGGAAGGAGCUUGGGAUGCUAUACAUGUUAUUGAGGUGGGUCCUGAGGAGGAAGGAAAAUCUCGCUAUUGUUUGACGAGCACAGUGAUGUUGUCAAUGACAACAAAUGAUGUAUCAUCAAGCUCGUUCAAUUUGUCUGGAUCAAUUAGAAGACAAAUGAAUGCGGACCUCUCAGUGGCAGAAGGUCAUCUGUGCAAUAUGGGAAGAAUGAUAGAAGAAAUGGAGGGUAAACUGAGAAACUCUCUAGAUCAGGUUUAUUUUGGGAAGACAAAGGAAAUGGUUUGCACUUUACGGCCCCCAGCUGAACUGGUGCAAAUGAGACUGCCCGAAAGCUGA